UUGCCAGACAGUCGCGUUCGUUGUUCCAAGUAAAUUGUAAAAUAUCCAUGAUUAUGUGUCGCUAAACGAAAUUAUGGUCAUUCGUUUAGUGUAUAAUAUUUGAGAUUUAAAAUCCAAUUAGUGUUUUCGGGUUUCUGUUGUUAAAUACUUUAUAACUGGCAUGUGUUGGUCACCAUAUGAGAUCAUGUGUAAGACGUAAACACCAUCUACUUGGCUUUUACCGUAAGGGUUUAAUUUCCUAUAUGUUUCUUUCUAAUAUGUUUAGUUAGUUGAUCGAUAUGCUGAACUUUAGGGUAUGAAAGUUACAAGGUUCACAUGGUACAUUUUACACGUCUUUUAUAAGAUAAUUCAUUUGUUUUGAAUAGAAAUCAGGAACGAUUUUUUUUUUUUUGCUGUAAUCAAGUAAUUUCAAGAUGAUUUUAAUUAUUUAACGUUAACUAAUUGCGAAGUGGCAUGCUAAGCAUUUUACUAACUGUGCUACAAUAAUUAUGCGUGGAGUUUUCAUAAACUUACAUUAAUUUAAUACAUACAAUAUUUAUACUUUUAAAAAUGAACUUAUCACACCACGAGGCCAUUUAAAAUGAACUAGUGAAAGUAAAAAAGGUGAAAAAAUUUAAAGUGGACCUAAUAUACUCUUUCCUUUAUGUAUUUAUAAAAUGUAGUUUAAAAUUUUAAUAAUUAAAUAAAUAAUAGAUUCUUAUAUUUAUGUUACAAUACCUAAUACUGAUCAAUCCACAGAAGAAACUAAAUCAUCCAUAAUACUGUACUAUUAAAUAUGUGAUCUUUUCAUUUCUGUUUAUUGAAAAGUAAUGGACCUGUAUAUAUAAUCAGUAAAUUUCUCUGAAUGAAUCAAAUCAUAGCAUGUCUCGCAUUUGUAAGAAGAAACCUGCUGUGUGCACAGAUGAACCACUUUCCAACAGUAACAUUUGCCAAAAGAUGGCUCUGUUGAGAAAUAUACUCAGUUCUGCCUAUGGACCAACUGGUAGAAUGAAACAAAUACAUAACAAUGUUGGAGGCCAUGUCUUGACAACUUCAACCUCUACAGCCCUGCUCAAACGAGUAGAUAUGUCUGAGCCUCUUCUUAAAAUGAUCUCAACUGCUGUUCAACAUCACACCACAUGUUACAGUGACUGUGGGCUUUUUAUGGGGAUUUUCACACUCAGACUUAUUGAAAAUACACAAAAUAAUGGCCUCAGGACAGCUGCAGCAGCCAAGGUAUACAAACAUCUUGUGGAAGAAUGCAACAUAUAUCUUAAAGGAGACUCUUGUGGUUGUAAAGUGCCAGUAGACUUCAGCAGCAGCGAUUCAAUCAUUGCACUGGCUCACAGUAUGAUCACCAGCAAACCAGCAUGUAUGUUGAAUAGCAGGGAAACAAAACAUAUCAGUUCACUGAUCGCACAGGCCUUCUUGUAUUCCAUCCAUUGCAACACAUCCGGCGUGAGCUGCUUUGGAAGGACAGUUACCAUCGGCAUUGAGAGCCAAUCGGUGAGCGAUUCUUCGGUUUUCCAAGGACUGCUGGUGGAUGUCCCUGAGAUGCUUCAGCCUGCAGAUCUUGAGAGACUGGGAUCUGGCCCGUUUAAGGUGGUGCUUUUCAGCGUAUCACUGUCAGGGGAUAUAUCUGAGUUUGGAGAUGUAACUUUGGAGAUCCAUAGGGGAGUGGACCCAGAGCAUGAUCUCCUUCAGCAGCUCCUGAAGCUUGGGGAACAAGUUGUUAUGGACAAAGUGAGCUUAUUUGCAUGCCAAAAAGUAGUACAUCCAAUUCUCCAGCACUACUUGAGGAAACAUGGAGUUGUUGUGAUAGAGAGGCUUGGACUAGCCCUGAUGGAACCGUUUGUCCAGUUAACAGGUGCUCAGGCUAUUGCUUCUCUUUGCGCUUCAGUCCCAGCGGAAGCUUUCGGGAUGGUUAAAGAAUUCUGUUUGCAGUCAUGUGGAUCCAGAGAACUCCUCCAGCUCCUUCCUUCUAAAGAUGCUGCAGUUAGCACCAUGCUUCUCUGCCACAGAAAUGAAACAAUGCUUGAAGAACUGAAGAUGACAUGCAAGAGAGCAGAACAUGUGUUGCGACUCACUCUGAGGGAGCCCUGCGCCCUGCUUGGAGGAGGCUGUACAGAGACACUGCUGGCCACCCACAUCACGCACAUGAUUUGUUCCAAAGCCUCGAAAAUAGCUCAGGCUCUGAGCAUCUCUCACUCCGAGUUCAUCAUGGCAGUCAAGGCAUUUUGCAGCUCUCUGCAAUCUGUGGCUCUUUCCUUAGAUCAUGAUGGACAGGACUGUCUCAUUGACAUGACAUAUGCUCAUCGCUGGGUCCCAGAUAUAUACUCCAAAACCUGCAGUUGUGGCCUGGUGGAGGACCGAUCCAACCUGGAGAAGACCCCUCUAAAUACAGCUUACCACACUUUCUGUCCUGUUUCCCUGAAAAACACUGACAGUCAGCCCAGAGUUUUAGAUUCAUUUUCUGCCAAACUCAAUGCUUUGAAUGUGGCGGUUGAAAUGGCUAAUUUUGUUCUUGAUGUAAAAUAUGUAAUUGAGGAUAUCAAUUGAAUUUUAAUGAAUGAAGAGCUGUGCUUUGAAUAAAGGUUGUAGGUUUGAUGUAUUUUACAAUGAAAUAUUGUUCUAAAACUUUUUCUUCAAGAGAACUCAAUGUGGCAACAUACAUGUUAA